GUCACCACCCUUCGCGCGCUACUUCUCCUUUCCCUCACCCAAUUGAUCACCACCGGACGGCCUUGCGCCGAGCCCGUGCGGACCUCGACAACCAUGGCAUCUCUAAGGGCCGCCACCGCCACACUGCUCCUCCUCACCCUCGCGUCGUCGGCCGCGGCCACAUAUACCAAGUUCAACAUCACCGAGAUCCUUAGCGAGUCCCCAGAGUUCUCGACCUUCAACAGCCUCCUCUCAAAAACGAAUCUCUCGGAGGAGAUCAACAAUCGGCAGACCAUCACCGUGCUCGUGGUAGACGAUUCUGCCGCCAGGGCCAUCACGUCGCUGCCCGCCGACGUGCAGAAGAACGUGCUGGCCGUGCACGUCAUCCUCGACUACUACGACCCCAUGAAACUCGACACCAUCGCGAAGAAGACGGCGCUGCUCACCACGCUAUUCCAGACGACCGGCGCCGCGACCAACCGCAUGGGGUUCUUGAACUACACCCAGGGAGCGGACGACCAGAUGGCGUUUGGCUCGGCCGAGCCCGGCGCACCGCUCAGCUCGCAGUUGGUGAAGGUCGUUGCUUGCCGGCCUUACAACCUCGCCGUCAUGCAGGUCAGCGAAGCAAUCAUACCGCCGAGCAUCGGCUCAUCGGGCAAGGGACCCGAUCCUCAAGCGAAGUCCUAUGGUUCGUCGCCAUCGCCGGCAUCGUCGAUCGAGAAAGCGGAAGGUCCUGAAGCGAAGACCACCGAGGCUGAGGUUGAGGCGCUCAAAUCAUCCGAUGAUGCCAGUGCUCUAGACGUUGACGAUCCUUCCCCUGCAGCUGUGGAUGCACCCGAAUCAUCCCAACCAGCGAAGAGUGCUGACGUGGCCAAAGGCGUGCCCACCUCGGCGGGAAAUACGGUGCUAGUUUGCACAAGUUUUGGGUUGAUCGGGCUUGUGAUGUUGAUGAUCUAAAAGUCCUAAACUCGAUGCUAGCUACUUUAGCUUUACAAUCUAGUUUUUUUUGUAAUUAAUUAAAGGAUUUAUAUUUUCUCAGGUGUACAUCGUCAAAGCCUAUAGUUACCUACUCCAUCUGUUUCAAAAUGAUGGAAGUUCUAGGUUUGUCGUAAGUUAAAUAAAU